UACCUAAUCGAGCGGGUGCGCGCGCCAGGAAGCGGGGAGAGCGCGAGUCCCACCACCCGGCGGUCUUCUCGUGCACUCCAGGCCGCGCCAUGCUCGCGCUCCGAAGCAGCCUAAGGAAGGUGCUGGCCCCGCGGGCGCAGGCGCCACAGGUGUGUUCACCUUUCGCUACAGGCCCCAGGCAAAGCGAUGGGACAUUGUAUGAAUUCCGCACCUAUUUGCUCAAGCCCUCGAAGACGAAUGAGUUCCUGGAAAAUUUUAAGGAAAAUGUUCACCUUCGGACAGCUCACUCUGAAUUGAUUGGCUAUUGGAGUGUAGAAUUCGGAGGCAGAACGAACAAAGUAUUCCACAUUUGGAAGUAUGAUAAUUUUGCUCAUCGAACAGCGGUUCGCAAAGCCUUGGCCAAUGAUAAGGAAUGGCAAGAACGAUUCCUCAUCCCAAAUUUGGCUUUCGUUGAUGCGCAAGAGGUUGAGAUUACCUACCUGGUACCAUGGUGCAAAAUAGGAACACCUCCAAAGGAAGGAGUCUAUGAAUUGGCUACCUUUCAGAUGAAGCCUGGUGGCCCAGCGCUGUGGGGUCACGCGUUCAAAAGGGCAGUAAACGCCCAUGUGGAACUGGGCUAUUCUAAACUAAUUGGCGUUUUCCACACUGAGUAUGGAGCCCUCAACAGAGUUCAUGUUCUCUGGUGGAACGAGAGUGCAGACAGCCGGGCAGCUGGGAGACACUGGUCUCACGAGGACCCCAGAGUCGUGGCUGCUGUUCGGGAAAGCGUCAAUUACCUCGAGUCUCAGCAGAAUAUGUUCCUGAUCCCAGCUUCCUUUUCACCACUGAAGUAGGUUCCGACCAGACAUCGGGCAUCCCAGUCACGGGAUGGGAAUGUGUCUAGAGUGGGGGGCCCAUUGCUCCCAAGAGAACCGUUCCCUUUGUUGCCUGAAGGAGGUGGUGAGUUACUUCACUGUGCCCUCUGCAUCCUAAGGCUACCUGUGUCCUUUGCUACCAGUAGUUCUAGAAAAACUUCUGUUCAUCUUCCCCAUGCUAUUUCAUGUCUACCAGACACGAGAAAGAGUUGCCAUUACUCCACAAGCCUGGUACUUUAUUGUUCCAUGAUAUCUUGUCUUCUGUGAUUUUAUGACUAAUUGAUGUCUUAUAUUCAAAUAAUGAUUUUGAAUUUUUUUGCCUGGAAUAAAAUUUUAAAUUAGUUGAAUACAGUAUCUGCCUUUUUAUCAUGUUCAUUUUUCCUGAAAUUUAAAAAUAUUUUUACCCAGUAAUAUUUGUUUUGUGAUAUCAAAUGGGACUUGUAGAAAUAUUAAAUUUAGUAUUUGUCUUUAGAAAAGUGCAAUAUCAUGUCACCUAUAUUCUUAAUUUUAUAUUAAUUAUUAAGUCAAAGUUGGAAAAUAAUAUAUUCUUGAGAUUUGUUGUUGGAUUAUAUGGUUUUAGCAUGUUCAUUUUUAAUUAACUUUUACUACUUUUAGCUUUUCCUUGAAUCACUCACAAACAUUAUGAGACAUUUAUUUCAAUGAGAUCUUUAUAAUUAUGAAAGUCUUUGACCUAAUAAAAGCCUUCACAUCUCUUCUGA